UCCUUCUUUCUUUCUUUCGCUCUUCCUCGUCGACCCUUUUUCUGUGUGUGGUCCGUCUUCUUCUGUCGGGUUCAGUUAUGGGACAGGUGCAAUCAUGGCGGUCCCGGCGCAUGAUGAGCGGGACUACGAGUUUGCCGUUCGAUUCGGACUGCCGAUCCGGAAAGUUGUUGCGAGGUCUCCAUCAGAUAAUGGUCGCGAAUCAGAAGGAGGGACAGAUGACGACGCUGUAUACGCAGGAGAUGGCGUGCUUGUGAACUCAGUCUCACCUUCCACAGGAUUGAACUUCAAUGGCAUGCCCAAUCGAGAGGCGAGUAGGAAGAUAUCAGACUGGCUCGAGACAACAGGUCAAGGGAGAAAGAAGAUUAACUACAAGCUUCGGGAUUGGCUGUUUGCACGGCAAAGAUAUUGGGGCGAACCGUUUCCGAUCAUCUUCAUCGACGGCAGCAAUGAAGCAAGCGCGAUCUCGGAAGACCAGCUGCCGUUGAUUCUCCCAGAGGUCGACUCGUUCACACCAACUGGCACAGGGGAACCGCCGCUGGCAAAGGCACAAUCGUGGGUCAGAACUGUGGAUCCGGUCUCUGGGAAGCCUGCGAUUCGUGAAACGAACACUAUGCCACAAUGGGCUGGGUCCUGCUGGUACUACCUGCGCUUCAUGGACCCUACCAACUCCAAGGCUCUUGUGGAUCCAGCUAAAGAAAGGUAUUGGGGGCCUGUUGAUUUGUAUGUUGGCGGCGCCGAGCACUCUGUCCUUCAUCUUUUGUAUGCAAGAUUUUGGCACAAGGUGGAGUUUACACGCUUCAGGGCAAACGACGGCACACCUGUCUCUGCAGAUAUUGCAGCCAAGGAGGGUGGCUACAUGUCAGAGACUGUGUCAGCAGAGGAGGUAGUGAAAGUGGGCAACGAGUACGUGCUUCAAUCUGAUCCGUCGAUCCGUGUGAGCGCCCGAGCGCACAAGAUGAGCAAGAGCCGCGGGAACGUCAUCAAUCCUGACGACGUAAUUCAGGAGUUUGGAGCGGAUUCUCUCCGCCUUUAUGAGAUGUUCAUGGGGCCUCUGAGGGACACAAAAGUUUGGAGCACGAAAGGUGUUGAAGGCGUGCAUCGGUUUCUUGCACGAUCGUGGCGGCUGGUUGCGGGUUUGCAAAAGGCGGGAGAAGAGGGGUCCACGGCUGCGGCAGAAGCCCCAGAGAGAGAGCCCUCCAUAGAUCAGCUACGGACACUCCACCAGUGCAUCAAAAAGGUGACGGACGAAAUCGAAGGGCUGCGAUUCAACACCGCUAUUGCUGCGAUGAUGGAGUUUGUCAAUUCUGCGACAAAGUGGGAAGAUCGGCCGAAGGAGGUCCUUGAGAAGUUUGUCCUCCUACUCUCUCCAUUCGCUCCGCACAUCGCCGAGGAGCUCUGGUCUCGACUGGGUAAUGCCAAGACAUUAGCGUACGAGCCGUGGCCACAGGCGGAAGACCGGUAUCUUCAGCAGGAUUUCAUCAAAAUCGCCGUUCAAGUUAAUGGCAAAGUGAGGAGCACCAUUGAGCUUGUCGUCGGUGCAGACGAGGCGGCGGCCGUGGAGGCGGCAAUGGCAGACGCCUUUAUCCAGAAGGCUGUGAACGGAAAAUCCAUCGCAAAGAAAAUUUUUGUUCCGGGAAGGAUAUUGAAUCUUGUUGUGCGAUAAGGAAAAAAAGAAAUCUUGUUGUGCACUGGCAAUGCUGGGGUUCCCUAGUGUUUACUUUC